AUGACGACGCGAGGUUCUCAUACGACCGCGCGACUCAAUUCAAGGCACAGCUACAAUGGCUUCAACGCUGCACGCCCAAUAGUUCUGGGCUUCGCGAAGCUUUUGGGCUUAGGCUUGUCCUCUGUCGCCGCCUCUCCCGUUCCUGCGACGCUCGGUCACGGCGGCAUCGAGCUGCCCGAAGACGAAGAUGGUACUCCGAAAUGGAUUCUGUUUCUCUUUUCGGCCUUCUUGGUGCUUGCUGGUGGUGCUUUCGCCGGUCUAACCAUCGCGUUGAUGGGCCAAGACAGCAUCUAUCUGCAGGUCAUUGCAUCCGACAAGGACGAGCCCCAGCAUAAGAACGCUAAGCGCGUGUACAAGCUGCUCGAAGCUGGGAAACAUUGGGUUCUUGUUACACUUCUAUUGGCCAAUGUGGUUGUCAACGAGUCGCUCCCAGUUGUUCUUGACCGUUGUCUCGGUGGUGGUGUUGCCGCUAUUGUCGGCAGCACCGCUUUGAUCGUUAUCUUUGGAGAAGUCGUUCCGCAAUCCGUCUGCGUACGAUAUGGCCUUCAGAUUGGUGGGUACAUGUCCAAGCCCGUUUUGGCGCUUAUGUACUUGACCGCACCGCUCUCUUGGCCGACUGCAAAGCUGCUCGACUGGAUUCUCGGAGAAGAUCACGGCACUGUUUACAAGAAGAGUGGUCUGAAGACGCUGGUCACCUUGCACAAGUCACUUGGUGUCGCUAGCGAACGACUCAACAAGGACGAAGUCACAAUCAUCAGCGCCGUCCUGGAUCUCAAGGAGAAGCCCGUCUCGUCUGUCAUGACCCCAAUGGAUGAUGUGUUCGUCAUGUCGGAGGAUACGGUGCUCGAUGAGCCUACCAUGGACAAGAUCCUGUCCGCUGGCUACUCUCGUAUUCCUAUCCAUGAAUCCGGCAAUCCGACAAACUUCUUGGGCAUGCUGUUGGUGAAGAUCUUGAUUACCUACGAUCCGGAGGAUGCCAUGCGCGUCAAAGAUUUUCCUUUGGCAACGCUACCCGAGACACGACCCGAGACUAGCUGCCUCGACAUCGUCAAUUACUUCCAGGAGGGGAAAUCGCACAUGGUCUUGGUAUCCGAGUCCCCUGGAAACUCCUCCGGUGCUUUGGGAGUCGUCACCUUGGAGGACGUUAUUGAAGAGCUCAUUGGAGAGGAAAUUAUUGACGAGUCAGAUGUCUACGUCGAUGUUCACAAGGCAAUCCGGCGCCUACAUCCAGCCCCUAACGCGCAGAUCUUUCGGAGACACUCGCUCAACAUGACAUCCAAGUCGCAAGAGAACGUCAGGGCUGAUGUUAAUGGCAAAGAUUCGCUGGCUCCUACUUCAGUCCCAGAAGCUACCAACAAUAUUGGGGCCGAUUCUCGACUGUCGAGUAGUCCGAAGACUACCUUUUUGAUGCGACGAAGCUCCGCAGGGCAAGACGGGCAGAUGGUUUCCUCCCCUGUGCCAGUCCGCACCAACCUCGACGACAUUCGGGAACACCUCAAACAUCUUGGCCCCUCGAACCCAGCGAACAACCCGAAGAACACACGCCUUACUUCUGUCAAGAUCAAGCCAGGCAGCGGCUCCCACGGGCAGGCGUUGCGUUCACCGUUGCCUGAUGUCCCGCCAGGCACUGUCCAUGAAAACCCCGACGUACUGAUCCGUCUCAGCGAACCGAACGACCACGACGCUGAUGAACAGACGGCACUCCUGUCUCACAACAACAUGGCUUCCAAGGAUGGCGUACAUGCACUUCGUCAAAGUUACGGUGCUGCGUCAGCUACGGAUGCUCAACAGCGUGUUUUAUCCUCGUCUCCCCAGCAGUCUACCAAUGUUCCUGAUACGUCCAACAAGAGCGAUGACAACGCGCAAAAGCCCAGAGAGCGAACCCAGUCUGGAAUCUACAACAGGAUUGGACCCGUAGCAGAGACAAGUCCAACUCGUGAUUCAUACACCGGGAGAAGCAGUCCUACAUCCGAACGCAGCGGCCCCACAACGCCUUUGCCUAAGCGGUCGACGGUUCGCAGUGGUAGCAUCACGGAGAAUGUUUUCGAGUCGGAGCGGGGCUUCCGAAAGGUUGUCCUUGAAACCAACAGCUCCAAUGAAGACGAGGACGAGAUUGAAGAGAAUGCAACCCACUCGGCUGCGGAGGCAGACAGCAGUCCCCAGGGCAAGGGCGCCUGGAGCUCUAACAAUGAGGAAGGACAAGAGAAUGGCUCAAAGGGUGCCAAGAAGAAGAACAAGCGCAAGAAGAAAGGCAAAUCCUAG